UCGCAUAUUCGAUUUGUAAACUUGUUCUUAAUGUAACCCAAAGCUGAAGGAAUCUUUCAACACUUGUCGUACAAACAUAAAAUCAAUACAAAUUAAGGGUAUGUUGAAAUUAGUUUAAUUGCUAUGUUUUGAAAAUAAUUAGAAAUAUGGAAUGGUAUUUUACUAUGAUACAGUGUUCAAAAUAAAACAACAAAUGAGUUGUAGUUUAAUGGAAAUUAAGUUUGUUAAUAAUAAUAGUGCUCUAGGUUUGAAUUACCCAACCUAUCACUUAUAUUCCCAUACACAAAUUUCAAAAAAUGACAUUUGAAUAAUCAUUUUAUCAAAUUUCAAGGGUAUCCCUCACUACCAAUUAUAAAUUAUCUACAUAUACAUAAAUUACUACCGUGGGUUGAAUAAUCGUUUCCCCAAAAUUUAGAGGUCUAAACCUCUGUGAGUCCGCCCCUGGGUACAAUACGUGUAUUAAACAUAGGGACUUUGCUAUGGUGACAUGCAUGACACGGUGACAUGCACUUUUCGGUCGACCUCAUAUAGGAUUAGGUCGACCUAAUCUGUUGUUUCAUGUAAAAACAGUUUCAUGGUGUCUACUUUGGAGAUUCAUAUCUUACAAUUGGCUAGAUGGAAAUUGGAGAUUAAAGGCUUGUUUUGAAGCUGAAGUGUCCCUCUACACAUUAAAGUACUUGGGAUCUCAAUAGAAAGUCCAGAAGACCAUUUUUGAACCUGACCAAAAGGCUAUGCCAAAACUGGGAAACUGCCUGAAAAUGACUUAAGUCUGGCAAUGUGUUUGUCAAGCCUACUUUGGAGCUCAAUUUGAGAAGCAUGGAUGCGAGUCAAGUCCAGGGGCCUCUACCACGUUAAAUUAAGUAUUUUUUUAUACAAAGGCAAGGCAUUGGAUGAAAGAUUUAAUAUCUUUAAGGCUUCGAACAAAAGGCUUGAAGUUGCUACAAAGGCUGUUUUCUGGCAGCUUGCUUGUGCUCGAAGUCUGCCAGAAAAACAGCAUUUGUAGCAACUUCGAUUCUUUUGUUUGAAGCCUUACAUAUAUCCAAUCUUUCAUCCAAUGCCUUGAAUUUGUAUAAAAACAUACCUAAUUUAACGUGGUAGAGCCUCCUGGACUCGACUCGCAUUCAUGCUUCUCGAAUUGAGCUCCAAAAUAGGCUUCACAAACACGUUUCCAGACUUAACCAUUUCCAGGCAGUUUCCCAGUUUUGGCAUAGCCUUUUGAUGAGGUUCAAAAAUGGUCUUCUGGACUUCCUAUCGAGCUCGCAAUCACUUCAAUAUGUAGAGGGACACUCCAGCUUCAAAACAAGUCAUUAGUCUUCAAUUUCCAUCUAGCCAAUUGAAUGGUAUGAAUAUCCAAAGUAGACACCAUGAACUGUUUUUACACUGAAACAACAUAUUAGGUCGACCUGAUCCUGUAUGAGGUCGACCAGAUCCUAUAUGAGGUCGACCGAAUUCUAAAUGAGGUCGACCUAAUCCUAACUGAGGUCGACCGGAAAGUGCAAGUCACCGUGACAUGCAUGUCACAGUAGGCACACCCUAAACAUAGUAUUUACUAACUAUACUUAUCAUUAAUUUUAUUCAAUCCUACGUAGUGCGUAAAAACAAACAUGGAAAAAGGUGAAAAUAAAAGUGAUACUAAUUAAGAAUAUUCAUUAGCAAAAGUUUAAUCAAAGACCCCACGUGGACCUUUGUAAUCACUUCAAAGCUCUUUUGGGUUUUUUUUUUUAAAAAACAUAACAUGUAAACCGCCUAGGGGGCCUGCAGUUUCCAUGUGAAACGCAGCUCCCCCCUGUCGUUAUUGUCCAAAGUUUCGAACCGCUUUUACACCAGGCGGUUUUUUGGAAAACCGCUGUCACAUCUAACAAUUUUUGUAUAAACCGCGCCCCCACCCUGCUGUUUGUGAAAAAGGAUGGUAUUUUGAAAAUUUUUGAAAACGGUUGGUAGUUUUGGAAUUUAUUUAUUUUUGGUUGAUAUUUCUGGAAUAAAUCCAAAAAGGUGAAAAUAAAAGUGAUACUAAUUAAGACGAUUCAUUAGCAAAAGUUUAAUCAAAGACCCCACGUGGACCUUUGUAAUCACUUAUAGAGUUCUUUUGGAUUUUUUUUUUUUAAAACAUAACAUUUAAACCGCCCAGGGGGCUAACAGUUUCCAUGUGAAACGCAGCUCCCCCCUGCGGUCAUUGUCCAUAGUUUUGAACCGCUUUUGCACACGGCGGUUUUUUGGAAAAUCGCUGUCACAUCCAACGGUUUUUGUAUAAAUCGCGCCCCCCUGCGGUUUGUGAAAAAGGGUGGUAUGUUUGGAAAUUUUCGAAAACGGGUGGUAUUUUUGUAAUUUAUUUAUUUUUGGUUGGUAUUUCUGGAAUAAAUCCAAAAAGGUGAAAAUAAAAGUGAUACUAAUUAAGAAGAUUCAUUAGCAAAAGUUUAAUCAAAGACCUCACGUGGACCUUUGUAAUCACUUAUAGAGCUCUUUUGGGUUUCUUUAAAAAAAACAUAACAUGUAAAUCGCCCAGGGGGCCGGCGGUUUUUUGGAAAACUGCUGUUACAUCCGACGGUGUUUGUAUAAACCACGCUCCACCCUGUGGUUUGUGAAAAAGGGUGGUAUUUUUGAAAAAUUUUGAAAACGGAUAGUAUUUAUGGAAUUUAUUUAUUUUUGGUAGGUAUUUCUAGAAUAAAUCUAAUAAUUUGGAUAUCAGCGGGAUAGCUUUGCAGGUUGAUGCAAUAGCAGCAAUGUAACUGCUAUUAGUAAAUGGAUGAAACCGUACUGUAUCAAUGGUUCAACCGAAAAAAUUGGUACGAUAUGAGCAAAGGGACUUUUAAAAUAGCAAUAGGUGGUAUUUAGUGAUUAAAUCACGAUACAACGGUAAACCUACCGGUUUUGAUCUACCCGUUCAGCGGGACAAAAAAUUAAAUAAAAUAAUUCAAAUUCCAGAAAGGGUGAUGUCUUCGAGACAAAAAAUAAAAAUCACAAUCCCUAUUCCCUAAUUGUGUCUUCCUCUUCCACCCUCAAUCAACUCGACUCGGCUAGGGUUGAGAAAUUGGAUUCGGUUUUUCAGUUUAAAUUUAGAUUUUUAUCCCGAUUCGGUUUGUACUUCAAUGGCUUCGAUUUUAAUCGAAAACCGAUAAGAAACCGUACCGAAUCUUGAAUCCUGUUCUAACAGAAACUAUUAUUGGGCUCAGACGGGCCAACAUAAUUUUCUGUAUCUGUACACUGUAAACCGAUUUUGGGCUCAGUGACGUUUCAAUGGUACAGGCCUAGUGCUCAUCUACUGGGCCGCUUAAGCAGCCCAGACCAGAACAAGACUCGCCCUCCCGCCUGGGAGGAUUUUAGAGGCUGGCGGAGGCAGAACUCCACGAAGGUGAACCCGCCGACGGCGAACUUCUUCAUACACGCCGAAUUCUGAAACUGUUAUUAAUCCAUGUGUUUGCUUAGUCAUUUGUUUAUUUUUUCCUCUGUAUCAACGAACUAGCGCCCUCCGCCAGUUCGACAAUUGGUGCAAGUGAAACACCGAGGGAGGGAGUAAGAAACAAAGUAGAAGAACGAGGGAUUUGAUUCUCUGUUUGAUUCCGAUGGCGCCGAGAUGGAAAGGCAGGACGGCGGAGGCGAAAGCUCUGGCAGAUCCCAUAUCGAAAAUCGUCUCCGACCUCCAGUCUUCCCUCCUUCAAUCAGAGGCUCACGCUUCACUCUCGGGAAGCAGCGCGCUCCUGCCCGUAGAACCACAACACGCCGAGAUUCUCACUCGCGCCUGUUUCGGCCGGCCAAUCAUCACCGCCGAUAAGGUCAAUCAAUGGUUUCAGCUGAGUCUAGAGGAAGCAUUCUAUCUUUCCCACCAUUUGGGUUGCCUCAAAAUCACCCACCACCAAGGUACGACUUGCUCCAUUGCAGAGCUAUGGCAGUACAUGAAAUCCAAGAUUGCGAAUUUCCCACAUUACUAUAAAGCUUACUCCCACCUUCGAACCAAGAACUGGGUGGUCAGGCCAGGGUCGCAGUAUGGCGUCGAUUUUGUGGCGUAUCGUCACCACCCGUCUCUGGUUCACUCGGAAUACGCUGUGAUUGUUUUAUCAGAAGGGGGGAGUAGUAGUGAUGAUGGUGUGGAUGGGAGAUUGAUGGUCUGGUCUGAUCUCUACUGCACAAUUCGACUCUGUGGAAGCGUGGCGAAGACAUUGUUGGUGCUUACCGUGAAUAAAAACGGUCAUGGGACUGUUUCUCCGACGACUUUGGAUGGAUACUCAGUCGAAGAACGGUCGAUCAGAAGAUGGAGUGCAGAACAGAAUCGCGAGGAUCAAGUGGCUGCUGCAAAUGGGACCAAAUAAGCAUAUUUAGGUGAUUGUUUGGAAUCCUUGUUUUGGUAUGAAGUUUAGCAGUUCCUGAUCAUCUCAGUUUAGAUAUCCCUUUUGUUUGCAGCCACUGUGGUUUUCCAUAUGUACCAGUAAUACAAUGGCCUCAAGAAGGGCUUACCCAGUUUCCAUGUUAUACUAGAAUCAAUACCCACGGCUACGCCGCGGGAACUAAAGUUGCAGCCGCAUAAUCAUACAUUGGCCAGAUUAUGUGAUGACAAAGUGGGAGUGAUGCUACUGGCAAUAGUGUGGUUUAAAAGUUUUGAAAGUGUAUGCAUGACAGCAUAAGAAUUUUGUAUCUUCAGUUUCAUAUUUAGUCGGCAUUUGUAUUCAAGACUCUUAAGUUGGAUGCACUUCUAAGAACAUAUUGAUUAAUAAAUUUGGUGAAGAAAACGCUAUCCUAUUCAACAAAAUAAUGAUAAAUAAACCAUGCAUCUUUUUUGCAACAUUUUAAUAAAGAAACACACAGUUCAUACUUCAUACUAACUGAAUAAUAUACACAGAGCAAUCAUUAGCACAAUACCUGAAAGACUUCUUACAAAAGUGUAUACUGUAUAGUGAGGUUCAAACAACUUCAUACAAAAAAAAAAAAAAAAAACCAUUAAACAGGGCCCAAAAGGGAUAUAGGUAAACACCAGCCAUUUGUUUCAUCUCUUUCAACGUAUCAAGUUGCAUUUGUGACCAAUGAAGAAUCAUGUGAUGAUAUCAACACAUCAGUCACUCAUAUCUUCCUCUUGACAUUGAUUAGUUUAUACAACAUUUGUUUCUUCUAUUAAAUAACAAAAGAAAGCAAAAGCUCCAACUCGAGGCACCUUUUCUUCCUACUACAACUGUCCGGAUCCAGCAAGUACUUUCUCUUCCUUGAGCAAGAUGAAAAAGACUUUCAUGAGCCAUCCAAUUGAGAAGAACCAUCGAGUAUAAACUCCUAAGCUUGAUUUAUUUCAUUUUGAAAAGUUUCAUAAGAGAACACAGAGAGCAAGGAAUGAAUGGAAAUUGUUAAGAGAGAGUGAGAGAGUUACCUAGGAGACAAUGACACUGCCAAUAAGUGCAGUUUUGGGCGUUCUUGCUGGCAGUGUUAACCAUUCUAAGUGCUAAAAAAAAACAGAAGAAGAAUAAGAAAGUGUGUUUAAAGUUUUGGACCAGAAAAGAAGUGACGAUGGCAAAGAAGGCAUCGAAGCCGAGAAUGACGGAGUAGCCGACGCCUUGUCCCAACAGGGGUUCCCCUCAAAGAAGUUGGUCUGCGCCUCUGCCUCACGCAUCCAUCUCCGCUACUGCAGGAGUAGUACUUGGCUGAGAAGUAGAAAGGCGGACACUGUUGUGAUGAUGCUGAUUCAGAACACUGCGGUUAUCUUCUUCCUACCUUCAUCCAGGCAAGUAUGAAAUGGGACCCCAUUCCAGGUCUCUUACCUUGUUCUAAACCUACAAAAUGCACCCAUACCAUAGUGAGAACAUAAAAGGCUGAGUUACAUUUUAUCCAUGUAAUGUAGUAAAGUCCUUCCAGCAUCGAAAUUGUUGCUAACUGUUCUUAGUUACCUUGUUAAGGAUCAUCUG